AUGGCGCCGCCGCGGUCUGCGUGCCGGGCGCUGCUGCCGGCGCUGGCGCUCGCCCUGCUCGGCCUCGCCGCCGCCGCGGGGCCGCGCCAGACCCCGCCGCUGGAGCUGGCGCAGGAGCUGGCGGAGGAGCUGUGGAGCGCGGGGCUGCCCGGCGACCUGCCCGAGCUGGAGCCCGAGUGCCGCAGCCUCCUGGGCGCCUUCGCGGAGGGCAGCGCGGCGCUGACGGGCUGCCUGGGCCGGCGCGCCCGCCCGGUGCGGCUGUGCCAGGGCUGCCACGGCCACUACCGCCGCCUGCUCGCACAGUACGGCAGCAUCGCCCGCGCCGUCGGGAAUUCCUCUGAGAGCCACAAUUGUGCCAAAAGCAUCUUGACCUCAGACAGGCUGCAGAUAGUUGUGACCCUUUCAGAGUUCUUCAAUGAAACCUGGGAGGCAGCCAACUGCGCAAAUUGUUUAAAGAAUAACAGUGAGGGAUUAUCAAAUUCUACUGAAGAAUUCCUGGAUUUAUUCAAUAAAUCUCUGACAUGUUUUGAACAUAACCUUCAGGGGCAAGGCAUUGAUCUGUCACCAAAUAACUACACAGAAGUGUGCAAAAACUGCAACGAAACCUACACAAAAUUGAAUGAUCUGUAUAACCACUUGCAGAGGAUGAACAGGCAAGGUGGUGAAUCUGCACACUCUGCACACUUGUGUAUUGACGUGGAAGAUGCAAUGAACAUCACUCGGAAGCUUUGGAGCAGGACUUUCAACUGUUCUCUUCCCUGCAGUGAUACAGUCCCAGUGAUUGCAGUUUCAUCCUUUAUCCUCUUCCUACCUAUUGUUUUUUAUCUUAGUAGCUUCCUUCACUCAAAGCAGAAGAAACGGAUACUCAUUUUGCCCAAGCGCAUCCAGUCAAAUGCCAAUCUUGUGAACAUCCAAGAAAAAUACAGCUGAGCUGCAAAACAAAUCCUGAGAGCUGCUGCUGGUAUACAAGGAGAAGUGAGGUAAAGUCAAGUCACUGGAGAUGCUGAAUUUACUGGUCUAGAGCUUGCUGUGGCUUAAUACAGAGGUGUUUACAGGAACUUUGUGGGGUAAAAGUUGUGUUUUCUAGGUAUCUGUUUUAGCAGUAAGUGAACUGGCGGGUUCUCUGACUUAAAAACUAUUCUGAAGAACAAGAAUAUACUGUUAGGAAUUGGUGACUUUCAAGAAAUAGUUUUAAAAUGUUAUUCCUGUGAAAUGGAUGGAUGUAAACAAAUUCAGACUUUGAGAACUCCAAAGCUGAUGGAGAAAUUUGUGCAAUAACUGCAGGUAUGGGUGAUGCUGCUCUCAGCACCAAAUUAUGGGCACAAUUUGAUGGCUGCAACAAUAGUGGCAGUUCAGUUUGUUUAUUGUAUUUCUGAUUUGGGAGAGUGGUAGUGUUUAAAUUAUUUAUAACUGUACCUGAGGUUAAUGAAUGCCAGAGCCUUUGCUCCAAUUUUUCAAUGUAUUUUCUAACCUGGAGAUAAAAAAGAAUGGUUAUUACAGCUAAAAAAAAAUUAAAUUUCUCUUGGAUCUGUGUCUGUGUAAAAAUACCCCAUGAAAUAGUUGUAUUUGAUUUGGUUUGGAGCCUAUAAUGUUGAAUUUUUCCUUUGCACUAAGGCUCAAAUAAAUAUAUAACAGUGUAACAAAAACAGUCCUAAAGCUCUUCAAGUAAUUUGUUUUAUUAAUAAUUUUAUUUGUUAUUUUUGUUCUGUUAGGACAUGCUGUUGGUUUUGAAGUCAAGCUUAACAAGUUUAUUAAACAAUAUAUUUAAUAAUUAGUAAAAUACUGUGUUAGCAACUGGUCCCAGCUGCCUGAUUGCCUUUUUGUGUUUUAUCAGAAAGCAGUAUCUGUGUAACAUGUGAAUUACUAGAUCAGGAAUCACUUUGUUUUAGGUAGUUAACAACAAUGAUAGAAAAAUGUGUUUCUCUUGUGUAACAGUACCUUCAUUCCGCUGGGAGGGGCAUGCUGCCUUUUAAGAAAAAAAAGUAUUUUUUAUAUCUAUUAUUCUUAAACUUCAACAUUCUGGUACUUAUUCAGCUGCCUGCUCUAAUAGCAUUACAUUGAUUUGGGACAUCAUAUGAUUGAGAGCUGUUCAAAGGAAUCUUUCAUUCGUGCAGAUAAAGCCAGUUUGUAUGUGCAGCAUUUCAGAAUGACAGCUUUUAUACUGUAAGCGGUGGCUUUUUGAGCACAUUCAUGUUAAAUAGGUCUGAAAGUCAUUACUUUUGGAUAUGGUGGUUAAGCACUUUAAAAAAAAUCAGCUUUUCUUAUUUUCCUGGCUUCUAAGCCAAACGGAAAUACUCAUGUGACUUUUGUUGGUUUUGAUUUUAAAGCAGCAGCAAAGUUUACACUUGAGAUUUUUAAUGUUAAAUCUACUAUUUUCUCCUUUUUUUCUCCUCCCCACCCCAACUUCCUAUUGUGAACUUUCUUUACACAGUGUUAUAUUUUUGGUAGGAUAUUUAAUAUAUAAAUUGAUUGGAUUAUCUUUAUACUCUAUUUGCUAGAGAAAUGUGGAAGCAAAGACUGUUGAAAAAGAAAUAGAAUUUUUUUUUGCUGCUAGUCUUUCAUCUUUAUUUUUUGCCUUUUUCGUAUUAUAUGUAUUAAAAAGCAUAAACUUUGAAAUGCUGGUUGGGUUUUUUCCGUAGAAUUAAAGAUUUCUUACUGUGGGGGCGGGGGGCAGCACUUUGAUUCAUAUUUAUACUUACUAGGAAACCCCUGAAUGUGCAAAGUCAGCUCUAAUAAAGAUUGUCACUAAACAGUGAA